GGGUAGUAUCACCGGUCUCUUUCCUCUUGUAUUUUUCUUGCCAACUUGCUGCUAAGUAGAGAGAUACCUUCCAAGCAAGCCAACAAGCCAUCAAAAGGGCAGUACGCCAAAGAGGAGGAAGAGCAGUGCGGCCAUGGCGUUGGCUUCUUGCCUUCUUCUUCCUUUGCUCCUCCUCGCCACUGGAGCCUCAGGAAUCGUCUCCUCCCUCCCAAGUGCAGCCGUGCAAUCGUUGGUCCGCAAGCGCAAGUCAUCCUCCGGUCAACUUCCGUUCGCCGCCCACUUCUUCCCCCAGCAAAUCGACCACUUCAACUUCCGCCCUGACUCCUCCCGCGUCUUCUACCAGAAGUACCUCCUCAACGCCUCCUUCUGGGACAAGGGCCCUUCUCACUCUGCUCCAAUCUUCGUCUACACCGGCAACGAAGGCAACAUCGAGUGGUUCGCCGAAAACACUGGCUUCAUGCUCGAUAUAGCCCCCAGGUUCAACGCCCUCCUCCUCUUCAUCGAGCAUAGAUUCUAUGGCGAUUCCAUGCCGUUUGGGAAGGAUUCGUAUAAGUCCGCUGAGACAUUGGGGUACCUGACUUCCACUCAAGCGUUGGCAGAUUAUGCAGUUCUUAUCAGAAGCUUGAAGCAGAACCUGUCGGCAGAGGCAUCCCCUGUUGUGGUCUAUGGUGGAUCUUAUGGAGGAAUGCUGGCAGCUUGGUUCCGACUUAAGUAUCCACAUGUCGCCAUUGGAGCUGUGUCUUCAUCAGCCCCAAUCCUGCAAUUUGAUGACAUAGUCCCUUGGAGCAGCUUCUAUGAUGGAGUGUCCCAGGACUACAAGGAUGAGAGUGCCAACUGCUUUGAGGUAAUUAAAGAGAGUUGGGAUCAGUUGAUGACAACAGCAGCUAAGAAGGGAGGAAUGCUGCAACUCACCAAGAAAUUUAAAGCUUGCAAAACCAUUCAGUCUGUAUAUUCUGUGAGAGACUGGCUCUGGACAGCAUUUACAUAUACAGCAAUGGUUGAUUACCCUACUCCAGCCAAUUUUCUGAUGCCUUUGCCUGCUUAUCCUGUUAAAGAGAUGUGUAGCAUUAUUGAUGGGUUCCCAACAGGAGUAGACAAGCUGACCAAGGUCUUCUCAGCUGCUAGUUUGUACUAUAACUACUCAGGCACACAUUCAUGCUUUGACAUAGAGAAUGACAGUGAUCCCCAUGGCCUCAAUGGUUGGGGCUGGCAGGCAUGCACAGAGAUGGUGAUGCCUAUGACUUGCUCAAAUGAAAGCAUGUUUCCUCCGUCCUCAUAUUCCUAUGAAGCAUCUGAGGACCAAUGCAAGGCAAAGUAUGGUGUUCUACCUAGACCGCACUGGAUAACCACAGAAUACGGUGGCAAUAGAAUUGAGCUAGUAUUAAAGAGAUUCGGAAGCAACAUCAUCUUCUCUAAUGGAAUGAGAGACCCAUGGAGUAGAGGAGGGGUGCUCAAGAACAUAUCAUCCAGCAUCAUUGCCCUUGUCGCACCACUAGGGGCUCAUCACGUGGAUCUUAGAUUUGCCAGAAAGGAUGAUCCAAAUUGGGUCAAGGAGCAAAGAGAAGCAGAGAUCAAGAUUAUUCAAGGUUGGGUCGACCAGUACCAUAGAGAUUUAAAAGAGCCUUCAAGGCAGUGACCAUCUGGAGCUCAUUCCUCCCUCGCGUGCUACAUUCUGAUUGAUGAAAUAACAAGAAUGUUUAUUUACAGCGGCCUAGAAAUAAACACACUAGGAGUUUAGUUCUGGCCUAAUUUGUAGCAUUUGAAUAGACCCUUUAUAUUUCUGUGGUUGCGGCCAAGCUGUGAAUAGCGGCCAUAAA